AUGCAGAAGACUGAGACUAAUCAUUGUAUUCUCUCUUUCCUUUUGGUUUCCUCUCUUCAUCUGAAUGCAGAGAUCAACAGGUUUGCAAUCUUCCUCUUCUGUUUACUGGUUCCUUUGGGCUCCAUGGCACCGACAGAGACAUCAGAAAGCAGAGUGACUACAGGACAGAGGCAGAAUCGUUUCACUACAGAGAUACCAACCUUUGCAUCAGUAAUACAGCAGAAAGCUCAUGAGUUGUUUGAAUUCUAUAACAACUGCAUCUCUGCAACAUUCCACCCUAAGCCCCAGACAGUUCUGUCCACGGCCAGAGAAAAGGCAGAGAGAAUACCCACGUGUCCAGCUUUCCAGGCAAACUGCUGUGCUUUGCACCACAUCCUCAACAUUCUGAAAACCCUGGCAGGUGACAUAGAAACCUUCUGCAGCAAGAGCUCCACAGGCGUGGUCCAGGCCAACCUCAACCAGCUGAACACCACGGUGCGCCAAGGCUCUGCCUUCUACACCUGCAGCAGCCAGGAGCUGCCCCAGCUGCAGCCCCAGGGCCACGCAGACACCAAAACCUACAUCUGGUGGGUUUUAAAGAAGUAUGAGGACAUCAUGCAACUCUCAGGAAAGCUGUACUCUGAAGUUUGAUGUGCUAGGAUGAAAAAGCAACUUGAGGAUAGGUCUCUGUAAAUGAGACCUACCAGGGGUUGUGGGAUCAGUUUGAUGCCAGGAUGAACAUUGAUAAUGUACUUGCUAUUCUCUAGAACUAUAUAAUCCAGUUUAAUUUAAUAUUUAAAGGAUGAAUGUGUUAUUGAAUGUAUUUAUUAUAAAACUAUUUAU